AUAUGGCUGUCGACCCCGCUUCACACUACUCCUCUCGGCUCGUCCUCCUCUCCUCUCCCGCCGGCCAGCGGCUGGCGGCCUCCCUCACUGUCACAGGCGGCUCGCGGCUCCGCACGCUCCUCUCUCUCUUCGAGGCGCAAGAGGAGCAGAGCUGGUGUGGCUACGCUGCCCUCCGGGUGGCACUUCGCGCGUGCGGCGCCGCGGCUGUGCUCAGCCAGAGCGAGCUGCACGGGCUACGCAGCACCUUGGCAGAACAGGAGGCGGAGGCCGUGCGCGGCGGCGCGAGCAGCCUCGCCGGUGGCGGGCUCUCCAUCGCUCAGCUGGCGCGCUUGGCACGGCCCUUGCUGGAGGCCAGCGCACUCAACCUGGAGCAGCAGCACGGCGACCCGGCGAGCCCGCCCGCCUUUGGCUCGCAGCUCGCAGCCGCCGUGUCUCACGCCUCCGACAGCGACAGCGGGUCGAUCGUCCUGCUCAACUUUCUCCGACAGCUGGACGGGUGGAGGGGCGGCCACUGGGUGGUUGCGGGCGGGCUCGCUCACGACGCGGAGGGCACGGCCUUCGUGUUGCUGCUCGACGUGGCCGCCCACCGCAUUGGGCCUCACUGGCUUCCGCUAGGCCUGCUGGCCGCUCUCUGCUCGACCGUCAACGUGCACGGCGUCCCACGCGGCUUUGUGAGGAUCUGCUCGCGUGGCAGCGGCGCGAGCGGGGAUGGCGCGGUGCCUCUUGUCCCGAAACAAGACAGUGCCUCUCACUGCUAACCCUUCUUGGCCGCAUGUGACCGGCGUACGGCUCUAAUCCGUAGAGAGAUAUGCAUCGUGGCAUUUCGUCCGCAAUGGCCUUCCGCAAAAUGGCAAAAAAGGACCUCUCGCGCUCGGUCUAGUUCCGCGGGCCGCUCUCUCUCUACUCUCUCUCUCUCCACUUUUUUAAGUCUUAUUCCAAAA